AUGGGGUCCCAAGCUGUUGCAGUGUCAAUGCUUGUGUUGAGGAUCAUUGCUCUGGCAGCCUCAGUGGCGACAAUCGUUUUAUUGGUUACUGACAAUGUCAAGUCUGAUGGUUUUUUUAUCUUCCAGUUGAAAUUCCAAGAUAUUAUAGCUUUCAGGUACGCUUUAGCAGUAGCAGCAAUAUCAGCAGCGUAUGGAAUCCUACAACUUCCAUUUGCAGUGUACUAUGCUGUGAAGGAGAAGAGACUAAUACGCAAUGGCUGCUUGCCUGAUUUUGACUUCAUUGCCGAUAAGGUGAUUAGUCUGGUGCUGGCAACAGCAGUAGGUGCUGGAAUUGGUGUGUCAUAUGAGGCCAAGAGAGGGUCUUUGCAAAACGCAGGAGUGCCAGUGUUAAUCAUUGUGGACUUUAAUGACAAAGUCGACCAGUUUUUUGAGAGAGGCAUUAUUGCUUCAUCCGUUCUGGCUGUGGCCUGCCUUUGCAUGGCCAUCGUAUCAGUGAUUUCCUCCGUUGAUCGAAGCCGAAGCAGAGGAGGCUUCUUCAACUGAACAUUUCAUUCAUUUCUUCUAUCAUAUCAUCCUCAAAAUAAUUAGAGACAAGAUCUCUGCCUAUGUAUAAAGUGU